CGUACCACGACAAGUCAUCCACCCCCAGCUGCAUCUCGCACCUCAGCGGCCUCCCCUUACGUUCUGUUGUUGCUUACACAGUAAGAAAUAUGUUACCCGCAUAUCUUAUGCAGCACAGGACUAUCUCCAAUCAACUUAGUUCAUAACGCCUGACACACGAACCGUACAGAGAUACCUCAACGUUACGGACCUGAGUCUUGAGAAUACGCCCCUGUAUUGUGACAGGCAGGGAGGGAAAAACAAGGGGAAAAAAAAAAACAAAGAAGCAAAGAGACAAUGUGCGGCACCAAAAUCAGCUACGCCUGCUCGACAACGCUCAUCUCGCAGUCGGCCACGUGCGGCUGCGAGCGCGUCGUGGCCUGCGGCAACAGCACCCUCUUCUGCGGCACCUGCGCACACCCGCGCUGCAAGGAGCUGCGCGGCGAGGUGGCGGUCGCGUAGGGCUGGUGGCGGCCACGGCGGGCUACUCCUUUCAUGGUCGGGCUGCUCUCCGUGGACGGUGGUGGUAGGGCUGGCAUGGGUGAUGAAGGGUUGCUGUUGUUGAGAGAGAGGAGGAGGGAACUGUCCGAGAGAUGUAGGACCACAUCGAUUCGAGCCGGGACUGGGGCUGGGCGUCAGACAUCGUGUUGUGGUCGUCAUUGAGGAGCUGUGGUCGCCGGCGCAAAGCCGGUUCAGACUUUGAAGGACGUCGGAAUGAGACUUUGUUGGCAUAGAUCGCUACGCCUUGAGCAAAUCUCAUGGUGUACAAGUAUAGUG